AUGCCACUCCUCAACCGCCUCGCCCGCCCAGCAGCGACCGCCCUCCGCCGCCCCUUCUCCCCCGCAACCCUCCCACGCUUCUCCUCCACCUCCUCUGCCACAUACGAAAACAUCAUCCUCUCCCACCCCCCGACCCGGCGUCGCACAAAUCACCCUAAACCGGCCGAAAGCCUCACGCCCUCUCCUCCGCCCUCUUCGUCGAACUCAACUCCGCCCUCGCAGCCCACGAGGCGGACCCAGAUGUCUCACGAACGCGCCUUCGCCGCCGGCGCAGAUAUCAAGGAGAUGGCCACCCUCACUUUCAGCGAAGCAUAUACAAACAACUUCAUCGCGCCCUGGUCCACAAUAACAACCCUGCGAAAACCCGUCAUCGCCGCCGUAAGCGGCCACGCCUUGGGCGGAGGCUGCGAGCUGGCAAUGAUGUGCGACAUCCUCUACAGCACAAAGACCGCCAACUUCGGGCAACCAGAAAUCAAACUCGGCACGAUCCCCGGCGCCGGCGGCUCACAACGCCUCACCCGCGCCAUCGGCAAAUCAAAAGCCAUGGAGUUGAUCCUCACCGGCAACAGCUUCUCCGGCGCCGACGCAGAAAAGUACGGCUUGGUCGCAAAGGCAUUCGAGACGCAUGAAGAAUUGAUCAACGGAGCGCUGGACACAGCAGAGAAGAUUGCGCGGUACAGCAAGGUCGCCGUCGUAGCAGCGAAAGAAGUCGUCAACAAGUCGCAAGAGUUGAGUUUGAGGGAAGGCGUGGAGUUUGAAAGGAGGGUGUUUCAUGGGUUGUUUGGAAGUCAGGAUCAGAAGGUUGGGAUGAAGGCGUUUGCGGAGAAGAAGAAGGCGGAGUGGACGCAUUCAUGA